CCACAGCUGAUGGGGGUGAUGAUUCGCCUUAUAGUGAGAGGACGGCGACACCUCGGGAUGAUAUUUCGCCGGCGAGGUGGAGUGAUCUUAAAGCUUACAGUGGCAAAAAUUUUAUUUUUUCAGAAGAUUAAAGCUUGGUGUCAACUUCCUAAUGGUGAUUGGGCAUUAGGGAAAGUUCUUUUGACUUCUGAGGAAGAGUCUGUCAUUUCUCUUCCUGAUGGGAAAAGACUGAAGCUGAUCACUGAGGCUCUGUUGCAUGCAAAUCCGAGUAUCCUUGACGGUGUAGAUGAUCUCAUGCAACUGAGUUAUUUAAAUGAACCAUCAGUUCUCUACAAUCUGCAAUAUAGAUAUGCUCGUGAUAUGAUUUAUACUAAAGCUGGACCAGUGUUAGUUGCUAUCAACCCCUUUAAGGAUGUACAUUUGUAUGGCAGUGAUUUCAUUGAUGCAUAUAGGCAUAAAGUGAUGGAGCAUCCACAUGUGUAUGCUAUUGCAGAUACAGCCAUUCGUGAAAUGACAAGAGAUGAAAUCAAUCAAUCAAUUAUUAUAAGUGGAGAAAGUGGUGCAGGGAAAACGGAAACAGCAAAAAUAGCAAUGCAAUAUUUGGCUGCACUUGGAGGGGGCAGCGGAAUAGAGAAUGAAAUUCUCCAGACCAAUCCGAUACUUGAAGCGUUUGGCAAUGCAAAGACAUUAAGAAAUGACAAUUCUAGUCGUUUUGGAAAGCUUAUUGACAUUCAUUUCAGCUCUGUUGGAAAGAUUUCAGGCGCCAACAUUCAAACUUUUCUACUUGAGAAGUCAAGAGUGGUCCAAUGUGCUGAAGGUGAACGUUCAUACCACAUAUUUUAUCAGCUCUGUGCUGGUGCUCCUUCAACUCUUAGAGAGAAACUAAAUUUGAAAAGUGUGGAUGAAUACCGAUACUUGAAGCAGAGCAAUUGUUUUUUGAUUUCUGGAGUUGAUGACGCUGCAAGAUUUCGUGCUGUUCUGGCAGCUAUGAAUGUAGUCCAUAUCAGCAAGAGCGAUCAAAAUAUUGUAUUUGCAAUGCUUGCUGCUGUUCUAUGGUUGGGUAAUAUCUCAUUUGCUAUUGUCGAUAAUGAGAACCAUGUUGAAGUGGUGGAGGAUGAAGGUGCAUACAGUGUUGCCAAACUUAUUGGAUGUGACAUUAAGGAUUUGAAGUUGACCUUGUCAACUCGUAACAUGAGAGUUGGCAACGAUAAUAUUGUGCAAAAGCUUACUCUUUCACAGGCAAUUGGUACAAGGGAUGCAUUGGCAAAGUCUCUGUAUGCUGGUUUAUUUGAGUGGCUGGUUGAGCAAAUUAAUAAGUCAUUGGAAGUGGGCAAGCGUCUCACAGGCAGAUCUAUAAGCAUUCUAGAUAUAUACGGUUUUGAAUCUUUUGAAAAGAAUAGCUUUGAACAAUUUUGCAUAAAUUAUGCAAAUGAAAGACUACAGCAACAUUUUAAUCGCCAUUUGUUUAAGCUAGAGCAGGAGGAAUACAUCCAAGAUGGGAUAGACUGGACAAAAGUGGAUUUUGAGGACAACCAAGAUUGUCUGCAUCUUUUUGAGAAAAGACCAUUGGGAUUAUUAUCUCUUUUGGAUGAGGAGUCUACUUUUCCAAAUGGUAACGAUUUGACUUUUGCAAACAAACUUAAGCAGCAUCUUUCUUCAAAUUCUUGCUUCAAAGGAGAAAGAGGGAAAGCAUUUAGUGUCACUCAUUUUGCAGGAGAGGUGGUAUAUGACACAUCAGGGUUUCUGGAGAAAAACCGAGAUCUUUUACACAUGGAUUCUAUUCAAUUACUUGCUUCCUGUACAUGCCACCUUCCUCAAAUAUUUGCAUCCAAAAUGCUUAUGCACUCUGAAAAGGUGAUGGGCAACGUAUAUAGAUCCAGUGGAGCUGAUAACCAAAAACUGAGUGUUGCGACGAAGUUUAAGGGACAAUUAUUCCAACUAAUGCAGAGACUAGAAACAACAACUCCUCAUUUCAUACGCUGCAUUAAGCCAAACAACUUGCAACUGCCUGCAACUUAUGAACAAGGACUAGUAUUAAAUCAACUGAGAUGUUGCGGAGUCCUAGAGGUGGUAAGAAUAUCCAGGUCAGGCUAUCCAACCAGGAUAUCCCAUCAAAAGUUUGCCAGAAGGUAUGGAUUCCUACUUCUUGAGAAUGUUGCGUCUCAAGACCCACUGACUGUCUCAGUGGCAAUUCUCCACCAGUUUAACAUUCUCCCUGAGAUGUACCAAGUUGGCUAUACAAAACUAUUUUUCCGAACUGGACAGAUUGCUGAGCUUGAAGAUACAAGAAAUCGUACUCUCCAUGGGAUUCUGCGGGUUCAAAGCUGUUUCAGAGGACAUCAAGCUCGUUGUUAUGUGAAGGAACGGAGGAAAGGCAUUGUUACAUUGCAGUCAUUUAUUCGAGGCGAGAAAGAAAGAAAGGCCUAUACAAUCUUGAGACAGAGCCACCGAGCUGCUACUGUUCUACAACGAAAUUUAAGGUCGAAAAUUGGUAGGAAAAAGUUUUUGAGUGUGCGUGAUGCCUCAAUAGUUAUACAGUCCAUCAUUCGUGGAAGGCUUGUUCGAAAAUGCUCAGGAGACCUUGGUUUACUAUAUACUAUCCGUAAAGCUGAAGAAACUAUGGAGACUGAGCCUGGCGAGGUGCCAGUCAGGGCAUCCGUUCUGGCUGAGCUCCAACGGAGAAUCCUAAAAGCUGAAACUGCACUAAGAGAAAAGGAAGAAGAGAAUGACAUCCUCCAUCAACGACUCCACCAGUACGAAGCUAGAUGGUCAGAAUACGAAGAAAAGAUGAAAUCCAUGGAAGAAGUCUGGCAGAAACAGAUGAAAUCCCUACAAUCAAGCCUCUCCAUCGCCAAGAAAAGUCUGGCCUUGGACGACGUUGAAAGAAGAUCUGAAGCAUCGGGAGCAGGGGUGGAGCUAGGAGACCGAAGCUGGGAUAGCAACGGGACCCACGUUGCAUCUCGACUCACUCCAAGAGAGAUGAGCGCGAGUCUAAACGUGAUCAGUCGCCUCGCGGAGGAGUUUGAGCAACGGAGUCAGGUUUUUGGUGAUGACACGAGUUUUCUAAUCGAGGUCAAGUCAGGGAAGGCAGAGGCAAGUUUGAACCCUGAGAGAGAGCUGAGGAGGCUCAAGCAGAACUUUGAACUGUGGAAGAAGGAUUACAGCGUGAGGCUUAGAGAGGCAAAGGUUGUAAUUCAUAAGUUGGGAAGUGACGAAGUUUGUUCGGACAAGGCAAAAAAGAAAUGGUGGGGGAGGUUGAAUAGCAGCACGAGAAUGUUGUGAAAUUAUUUUUGAAUUUUGAUUUUUUUGUCAUAUGUAUAUGAAAUUGAAGGGCUAGACGUAUUUUAUGAUAAUAUGUAUGUCAUCAGCCUUUCCUUCUUCUUCUUCUUAAUUUGCUUCUUGUUUGUUUUGUU